AUGGCUGAAAGCAUUCUAGACUUUAGCAAAGAUUUGGACGUUCAAGUCCUUGAUCAGGUUGUCAUGACCUUCUUCACUGGUCAUGGCGCUGAGCAACAAAUCGCACAGCAACUGUUGACCCAGUUCCAAGAUCAUGAAGAGGCAUGGACUCGCGUCGACAGCAUUCUCGAACGUUCCAAUGUAUCGCAAACAAAGUUUAUCGCACUCCAGAUUCUUGAGAAAUUCGUGCAAACCAGAUGGAACACCCUUGUCCCUGAGAGUCGAAAUGCCAUCCGUUAUUUUAUUGUCAAUGUUAUCGUCAAGGUGUCAUCAGAUGAAACUACUUUGGCCAAGGAGAAGACCUAUAUCAACAAACUCAACAUGGUGCUGGUUCAGAUUCUCAAGCAAGAAUGGCCCCGCAAUUGGCCAUCUUUCAUUCCUGAAAUUGUGGCAUCAAGCAAAUCCAAUCUUUCCUUGUGUGAAAACAACAUGGCCAUCUUGAAAUUGUUGAGUGAGGAAAUCUUUGAUUAUUCAGCAGAACAAAUGACCCAGAUCAAAACAUCCAAUUUGCGCAACCAAAUGUGUGGCGAGUUUUCCGAGAUCUAUCAACUUUGUAAAGAGGUGCUCGACAAGGCUCAAAAGCCAAGUCUUAUCAAGGCAACAUUGGAGACUCUGUUACGUUUCCUUAAUUGGAUCCCUCUUGGAUACAUUUUUGAAACCGAUCUUAUCGAGACGCUACGCACAAGAUUCUUUGAGGUUACUCAGUUCCGCAAUGUUACGCUCAAAUGCUUGACUGAGAUUGGCGGUCUCAGUGUCGACACACAAUACCAUGAGAAGCUCGCUUUUCUCUUCACCAGCGUAAUGAGCGCCGUGAACGUUAUGAUACCACCCAACACUGAUGUUGCCAACGUCUAUGAAAACAGCAGCGAUGAUGAUCAGGAAUUCGUUCAAAACCUCGCUCUCUUCUUGACAAGCUUCUUGGCAGCUCAUCUCAAGAUCAUCGAACAAGCUCCCAAUACUCAAGAGCUCUUGAUCAACGCACACUACUAUUUAAUCAAGAUCUCAAGCGUGGAGGACCGAGAAAUCUUCAAGAUUUGUCUCGAAUAUUGGGCAGGACUUGUUCAAGAGCUUUUCGAGGAAGUUCGUGCAAUGCCACAAUCUGAACAUUUGCUUGAGCUCAACACCGGCAUGAUGGGCAUGAACCAAGGAUACCGCCCACGUAAAGCUCGCUAUGUGGAUGUCUUGUCAAGUCUUCGUGUAGUCAUGAUUGAACGCAUGGUCAAGCCCGAAGAGGUGCUUGUUGUUGAGAAUGAUGAAGGCGAGAUUGUCCGUGAAUUUGUCAAGGAGAGCGAUACCAUUGUCUUGUACAAGAGCAUGAAGGAAGUUCUCGUGUACCUCACCAACCUUGAUGUCCAAGACACUGAACAAAUCAUGACUGAAAAGCUUGCCCGCCAGAUGGAUGGUAGUGAGUGGUCUUGGCAAAAUCUCAACAAGCUCUGCUGGGCAAUCGGUUCCAUUUCGGGUGCUAUGAAUGAGGAGACUGAAAAGCGUUUCUUGGUGACGGUGAUCAAGGAGUUGCUUAGCUUGUGUGAGAGAAAGAGUGGCAAAGAUAACAAGGCUGUCGUGGCAUCCAACAUCAUGUACACGGUUGGUCAAUAUCCUCGGUUCUUGAAGGCCCAUUGGAAGUUUUUGAAGACCGUUGUCAACAAGCUCUUUGAAUUCAUGCAUGAAUCCCACGAGGGUGUACAAGACAUGGCCUGUGACACGUUCAUCAAGAUUUCUCAGAAGUGCAAGGGCCACUUUAUCCAGCAAAAGCAAGGCGAACUUCGACCUUUCAUUGAUGAAAUUCUCGAAUCUAUUGACAGCAUCACAUCCGAUCUCAUGCCUCAACAGAUCAACACAUUCUAUGAAGCUGUCGGCUACAUGAUCUCUGCACAAAACCAAAAACCUGCACAAGAGCGUCUCAUGGCCAACUUUAUGCAUUUGCCCAACACUGCCUGGAAUCAAAUCAUGGAGCAAGUCAAGAAAGAUGUCAGCGUGCUGGAUAAUGCCAAUGAAGUCAAGAUCCUUGGUAACGUGAUCAAGACCAAUGUUUCGGCUUGUAUCUCUGUUGGCCCUGGUUACAUUUUCCAGUUGCAGAAUAUCUACAUGGAUCUGCUAUCAUUAUAUGGUGUCGUUGGCAACCUUGUUUCACAAGCUGUCGCAUCACAAGGAGAAAUUGCUAUCAAGACACCUCGAGUUCGUGGCCUGCGGACUAUCAAGAAAGAAAUAUUGAAGUUGAUUGACGCAUACCUGGAGUGUGCAGACGACUUGACACGUGUUGAUCAGCACAUGGUGGUACCAUUCUUUGAAGCAGUACUUGGUGAUUACAGGAACAGUGUCGAUAUUGCACGAGAUGCUGAGGUCUUAAAUGUACUUGCUACCAUGGUGAACAAGCUUCGGUCAUUAAUGACCCCACGUGUACCAUCCAUUCUGGAAGCAACAUUCGAACCCACCUUGAAUAUGAUCACCAAGGACUUUACGGAGUACCCUGAGCAUCGUACCGGUUUCUACAACAUGUUACGGGCAAUCAACCUUCACUGCUUCCCUGCACUUUUGGAGCUUGCACCUGCCCAAUUCAAGCUAUUUAUCGAUAGUGUGGUCUGGGGUUUCAAGCACACGAUGCGUGAUAUCGCUGAUGUUGGUUUACAAAUUUGUGGUGAGCUUAUCGACAACAUCAGCAGGCAAGAUCCCGCCAUUGCAGGCGCCUUCUAUCAGUCAUAUUAUCGAAGCAUUCUCCAAGACAUUUUCUUUGUACUCACAGAUCGUGAUCACAAGAGCGGCUUCAAGGGACAAACCGAAGUACUCGCUCAAUUGUUUAAUUUGGUCACCACCAACCGCAUCCAAGUUCCACUCUUCGACCCAUCAACAGUCAGCGAUCCAAACAUCACCAAUGCUCAAUUCUUGGAAAACUAUGUUACGGCUUUGCUCCAGAAUGCAUUCCCACAUUUGCAAAGUGGUCAAAUCAAGGUGUUCGUUAUGGCCAUGUUCGAAUACAACAAUGUGCCACCCAAAUUCAAGUUGGAAGUGCGUGAUUUCCUUAUCCAAUUGAAAGAAUUUGCUGGAGAGAAUGCCGAAUUGUACCUCGAAGAGAAGGAAGCUGAAAUGGAAGCCAAGAGGAAGGAAGAACGUGAAAAGGCUUUGGCUAUUCCUGGCAUGGUGAAACCAUCAGAGUUGCCGGCAACGAUGGAAGAAGACGAAGCACUUUAG